CGUUGAAUAGCGCGCGGUUUAGUUUUUUUCGGAUUAUUUUUUCGAGUGUUUUUUGACAGCGCGGAGUCUGGGAGGAAACGUUAUGAAUAAGUUGUGCAUCUCGUUGGGAUAAUUCGGUUCAACAAACUUCAAUGUAAAGAGAUUAUCAUUGAUCGAUGAGCGUGAAAGUUCAAACUGAUUGUGUGCAGUGCAUUAAUUUAAUGGAAAAUUAAUUUUCCUGUGGCAGGGGUUGAAGCGUAAUGAAAGAUGGUUCCGAGGAGUUUGCUGCAGAGAUAUCUGCCUUAUACAAUAAUAACGGCAAUAUUUCUAAUGUUGGACGGUAGCACAAGUGCCUAUGUGGACAAAACGUUGGUGGUUAUGCCGAAAGGCCCGAGGACUUUGCAAAUGUUGGGCUCGAUGAAUCCCAAUCUGUUACACACGAUUAGUGACGUUUUAAAACCUGUGCCCACGGAUAUAGUACAGAUCCCGGUACCCUAUUACCCUAGCUUUCGGCGACUUCUUCCAUCUAGAAAAAUUCAUCCUUCAGCAAAGGCCGCCAUCUACCAUACGUACUACAAGAAGCAGUUUCAUCCAUCUGGAAAAUACCACUUCAACAUAAGAAAUACCAAACCUGGACCUUAUGACACACCAUUUGUUCCGGUCAUGAAACCCAGCCCCAUCAAUCCAUUACACGUUGACACAACACCAGAGUACAAAUUCACCCCGAUCAACGUCCUUCCACCGGAUCCACCUUCCUUCGACACAGUUCGCAACUACGUUCAAAAGCUGAAAGCCAAGCAGAAAGCAUUCUUCGAAAACGAAGGACAAGACUUCAGCUACCAGAUUCCGAGCACCCCCAAACACAAUCCGUUCCCUAACAAUCAAGGAUCCAGGGUCUUCCACAAAAUCCCAGUACACCACAAACCAGAUCAGGAGUACGCCUUCUCGUCACACCCCAACGAACUUUCCUAUGUGGAUCAGGGAGACCUUAGCAUUCGACCUAGCGAUCACCAUUACUCCAACGGACAAGAGGAAGGCCACGAAUACGUAAUCCCACCGAAAAUCGAACUUCAGGAGAUAAUCAGCCCAGAAGAUGCUCAUUUCGUCCAGGAAGGCGACCAAUUAGUACUAAAAGCAAGAUACCCGGUGAUCUCCGACCAGCGGAACAUUCCACCGAAAGCUUUCGGAUUCUCCGAGAGAGAAGGUUCCAACUCCACUUCAAACAAAUAUAAAAACAAACGAUACCAAAACAACAAUCGUGCUCCCAGAGGACGCGAAAUUGAGGCUGACUUUUACGAUUCGGACGAAGGUCGGCGGAAGUUUGCCGAACAAGACUUUGACGAUGUAGCCGAGGAAGAACUCGACGAAGAAUUCGUCCCAAAAAAAACCUACACCCAGGUACGACACACGGACACAGUUCGUCACGAGAGACCCCCGGAAGACGAACCCCGAGCCAAAGAGAAAGUUACCGUCUCCAAGGUCAACAUUGUGUACUCCGAGAAAGGUAAAGAGGCCGAAAGCUUCGACCACGGCGCCGAACGUAACUACGGUGAGUUCCACUCCGAAUCGGAGCCAAAACAAAAACAUCGCAAGAAACGAGAUGUCUCCGACACCCCCGAAGAAGAAUAUUCCUUCGAAGAAGACUCAAACAGUCCAGAAAACGAGCUAGACUACGAAAUGUUACCAGAACCUUCGGCUUUGAACAACGACUCAGCAGAGCCCCUCCAGUACACCCAAGCGCUGGUGUUCCAGAACGAUACCGAUAUCAUGCUGCUACCCAUACCGGAAGCACUAGUAGAUCCACGUGAACUUCACGGUCAGGAGCUACUAAACUUCCUGGAUGAAGCCAUCAACAAUUCCACUCAAUACCUGCCUUUGGAAGAAAACAAAAUCCCAGCAUCAAUCAGUCCGGAAAUCAAACGACUCAAAGGUCAAGAUCUGAUCAACUAUCUGGACAAGGCGAUCAAAAGUUCCAAUCAGUACCUGUUGGAUAAGGCCGAGGUAGGUGGUGCGGGUCCGGAAGAUGUGUUCGAACAGAUUAAUGCGCCGCAGCUUGGCGACCCUUCACAAAACAGUGGAACAGCUGCAAAUAAAAUUUCAUCGCGCGCGGAUCACGAGGAAAUUGAAAUUAUUACGGGAUCACCAAAGUCCACCCGUAGAAAGAUCCUGCGCUACACCAAGGGCUACGUGCUGCCGGAGGCACCGGAAUUCCAGGUGGUGCGAUUUGUCCGACCUUUCGGGAAAUUUCUCCAACGCCACCAUGCAAUAAAGACCGAUGACGAGGAACACACAACAAGCGAGGAACAGCAGCAACAAAAUCCUAAAGCACUGACAGCCGAAGAGCUGGAGGCUUUCUUGAACAAACUUUCUGCCAAUUUGACGGAGAACGAGAUAAGACGGACGGAUUUUUUGAAUUUAACGCCGUAUUUGGAUAGAGCUUAUCAUUACGUAGAUAUCGAUACGGCACUGAAGGUAGCGGACAACGUUACGAGUCACAUUGAGGAGUUCAUCAGGGUUAGGAAUGCCAAGAGACAGAAUGAGAGUGCUGCGAGAGAUCUGUCCGAGGAUGAGUUCGUGCCUAUUCGAAGAGGAGACAUGGAUGCUGCCAGUUUACAGUAUGUACCCUCGAAGAGGACGGAAUUCGUUGGGGUUCCCAAGGAUGCUUACAAGAAUGCUAACAACCAGCAGUCCAAUCCAUCGGUGGUGGUUUACAAUGAUGUGAUUCAACAUAUCAAAAACCAUUUGGGGACGGCUUCGAAGGAUGGGAAUCUGCUGAUGAUUGCCGUUCCCAGGAGCCUUGAUGGUGAGGCGGAAACGCAAGGGGCUCAGCGAAGACAGGAUGAUGGGUUCAGUAGUUUUGGAGGGUCCCAUUUGGUGUCUUUACCCAUUUUUGACAUCAGCAAAUUUUAUCCUUCUUUGGGGGGAAUUGAGUUUGGGGCGGAAUCUAAGAUCAAAGCUAAACGAGUUAUUGAGGAGGAAGCCGAGCGGGUGGUUGAGAAAAAUCAUCGCCCUCCUUAUGUUGUUCGGGAUGAUAUAGCGGAUGCCUUCCAGGAGGUUCGAUAUAAGCCGACUCGCUACAAUCAGCUGUCAGCGAUUAAGCCUUACUCAGUGAAUGAAAAGCUGAAAGAUAUUCCACAGCCUGCAUUUAAGAGACCUGGUCCACCAUACGUGGACCUACCGAUGACGUCACAGGACAGCAGUCCCCGGCCGAAGGCAGCUGCGCCCAUAAAACAACGGAGAAACCGGAAACCUCCACGAUCGAGGCAUCGGAAGCGAGCACCACCUGUGAUUCGAAAGAAAAUUCGUAUAAUCAAACGGUGAUCCCCCGUUCAUUGACCAACUGAACUCUAACUCUAAACUUUUACACGCUGAGAAGAAAAAAGAUUUCACCCCACGAAGCCCAACGCGGAGGUGACCUACCGAAAUGCAAGAAAAGACCUCAAGCUAGUUUUCUUCACCAAAAAAAAAAAAAAAACCAGAGAGCACCGCCACCCGGCUGUUGGUGUAUUAUGGUAAUUGCAUGUAUCUGCGCACAUUGCACAUGCCUUCUGCUAGACAUAAUCAAAAGGGUUGCAAUUUUCGGUUUCCGCCCCCCUCCAUCAUCAGUUGUUAUAUUUAUUACCUACUUUUCCAUACAUUCUCCUCCCAUAACUAAAGACUUACCCGGCUAGAUGAUUGGGCAGAAAAGCCGCAAACAAACGAAUGAACCUCUGCUAGGAGAUUUUUAAU